GAAUUAAAUGACAGUAUAUGUGAAGAUGCUUUAUAAACUGUAAACAGUAUUUUUCCUACAACCACUUGACUAGGAGAACUACCCUCCACCUACCAAAUCUAGCCAGUUUCUUUAAGCGAGCUUCGUAAGUUGCCAGGACAAUAGGCUGAAUGAGUUAGAGGGCAAAUGAUUUAGAGGGUGCUGUUUUUCUCUCUUCCCGCCGCCCCCUCUCCCCAAUGCUCAGAGAGUUAAUUACGAUUACUUUGCAAAAUGUUCUCCCCCCAUUAAUUCUGGUUCUUCAUCCAUCCAAUUUUGUCCAUUUACCCUAGUUACCUAGUGCCCCUUUGGACACGUCGCUAACUUGCUCAGAGGGGUCCAGACCCAAGAGUAGGUAUCUGUGAAUCACAGCUGCCGUCACAAAGGAGCAGACUGAAUAGAAGUCUGGGCGAGGGACCCUCUUCACAUGAUUGGAAAUAGGGGGAAUUGGAAUGGGCACCUGGGUCCCUGUGGGAAGAUCUGGGGCUAGGGAGGACCUUGACCACCUUGAUCACCUAGCAAAGUGAAAGCUAGAGGGAAAGAGUUCGACGUGACACGGGGGAAAUGCUUCGAGUUCCCUAAUUUCUUUGUUCCCUCCCUCCACCUAUGGUGCUGCUUGCAAAACAACUAAAGGGGCCAGCACCUUGGCCCCAAGUCACAGUAGGGACCAUAUCCUUCAUUAUAAGCCUGUUCCUGUGGCCACUCGUGGACCCCAGCAAUGCCUGCUUCUCAUUAGAUACAGCCAAGCACUGGUGGCUGCUGCUGCUAGCUCCCGUGCACCAUGAGAACCCCUGGCACCUGGCCUGCAAUGUGGCGGGACUGUGGCUGACUGGGCGUCGUAUGGAACAGUCUGUGGGCACAGGCAUGUUCCUAGUCCUGGUGUUCUCUGCUGCCCUGUUCGCUGGUUUCCUUCACCUUGCCCUGAACUUGGUCAUGGAGUUGCUAUUCCGAGAAAGUCAUUACCGAGCUGGCUGUACGCUUGGCUUCUCCGGCGUCCUGUUUGCCAUGCAGGUGAUGUCCAGCUCCGAGAACACCCUUGUGGGGGACCUAUUGCUGUGCCUGGCAGAAUCUUUGGUGGCCAGCUACUUCGCCCCUAAGAUCUCCUUCAGCGGACAUUUGGCAGGGGUCCUCGUGGGCCUGGCCUACAUCUGGGGGCCGCUGAGGGACGUCACCCGUCGGAAAAUAAAAGCUACGCUAAAUUCCCCCCGCCCAACUACAAUCAACUAAUACAGCUGAAUACAUGCCUUAA